CUUCUGGGAGGUGUGAUCUGUAGUAUCCCAUACACACACCUCUCAAGACCAUUUCCAGACUGCAAAACGGCUUCCUCGGCACCAUGGCUUCAGACCUACCAUCAGAGACACAACAGGGACUGCACGACGUCCCAGAGCAGGACAGAGAACGUACCCCAACUCCCCAGCCAGAGGCUCAAUCAAGGACCCCUACGCCUACCCCAGAAACGGAUUACACUCCCUUCAAAUCGACCAUAUCAAAGCCAGAGCCUGUGGAGAAUAGACUUCGUCCUGCAGCAGACAUCAUCAAUCGUAUCAUUUGGGACCCUGCUUUUGAUCCUGCCAACUAUAUUAUCGGACGCCACCGAAUCGACUUCUCUCUGCGAAGACGACGCAAUAACCCGUCGCUCACAUCAUCGGGAAGUCUCUCGCCAACCGUCCCUGUUCUCCAGUCACCCGUGACAUUCCAGGCAUUCGCGACAGUAAAUGUCUCCGAAACGACCAUCAAGCAGAAAAAUAAGCUGGAAAGGACUCCUGUGAAGCCGUCCAUGUUUCUCGAGGAGAAGGACGAUGAUGACACUCCCGUGCCUGCUCUGGCUGGACGUGCCCCUGUGGAUGUCAAAUCAGCUCAGGUCGAGCGCAAGAGUGUCGAGGAGAGACCAACGACUCGAACAAAAAGCCAGUACUUCGAAGACGCAUUCAGCACCCGGGGUCCAUUAAGCUCGCCAAGAUCUCAGAUCAGUCAAGACUCUGUUGUGGUGGUAGAGAUCAAGAUGAAUACCAAGACUCUUAUGAUGACUACCAUCCAGGAAGACGCAUGCAUCCACUUUGGAAGAUCGAGUCUGCCAGCGUACCUGAUGAAGGUCUUUGCACUGCCGUAUCUCAUCGCGCCAAUAACCAAUCUCCGCAGUACCAUUUUGAUCCAGGCGGCUCUUCAAGAAAUCAUCCAUGUGGCACCAAACCGUGGAGUCAUUCUAUACAUACCGAUUUCUGAAGAAAAUUUUGCGACCAAUGGGGUAACAAUGAUGGGUGAACUCGCACGGUUGGAGCGCUCUUCGACAGAUCACGGUCCUGGUUUAUUCAAGAACAUUUCACGAACCAUGAGUAGAAGGCUGAAAUCCAGUAGCUCGCAGAGCGCACCCAUUUCUGUGGCAACAACCUCCUCAUGGGCCUGUGGUAACGGAACGCAGGCAUCCUCAAUGACUGGAAAAGAAUCGCAAUGUAGCGAUACUUUGAAGGAUGAGGGCAAGCCAAAAACAUCCCGGAAGCCAGUUCACAGUGACAUCGUACCGAUGGAGUCGAGCAGCACGCAUGGUAGAGUUGCAGAAAUCCAAGGCAACAUUUUCGAUGCCCCAGAUGGAGCAGGACUGAUCCAUGCAUGCAACUGUCGAGGUUCCUGGGGCAAGGGAAUAGCAAAAGCCUUCCGACAAAGGUACCCUGCCGCAUACGAGAUAUACCGAUCCCACUGUCGAAAGUGUUCCUUUAGCCUCAGAUACAACAAUGUCCCGAAUGAAGGGGGCACACGAAAGGUCCGAGUGCCGGAAGGCACGGCUCUCAUCAUUCCACCUCAGAAGAAAGACUAUGAAGGUGGGAUGAGCAAACGACACUGGAUUAUCUGCCUAUUCACAUCGCGCGGGUUCGGAAGGAAAGUUAGCCCUGAGGAGAUAGUUCUGAAGAAUACCGAACUUGCCGUUGCAGAUAUGCAGAGACAACUCGAUCAGCUUAGGGAAGGUGAGGGUGAUGUUUCGGAGCUUUGGUCAUGUCGGUUCAAUUCUGGGCUAUUCGGCGUUGAGUGGGCUCGUUCGAGGGACAUAUUGGAGAAAACUGGGCUUGAGAUCACUGUGGUGAGACCGAACGAGGAGUGA